AUGAAGAGUGACGGGUGUCACUCUCCCGAGUACAUGCAAACCGUUCCCAUUGAGGCCGGGAACUGUCAAUCCUACACGUUCACUGUGACGCCCACGAUCAACUCGCUGAACGUGUCGGGCCUCACCACGCUGUCGCCCAAGCAGAUCAACCUCACGGGCUCGGACACGCUCGACGUCGGCACGAACUUCACCGGCACCGUGUCGGUGGCCGCCACCUUCUCAGUGCAGAUCGCGCAGCCCAACCACAAAUGGUACCAGAUCUGCUGGGUCGACCUGCUGCGCCCGCUCGUGUGUGACCCCGCGACGUACACGGUGGACGUCGCGCAAGCGCUCAAGGAGCCCGAGGUCGCCACCAGCGCGCAGGUGGACAUGUUCCAGUGCGCGGAGGGCAUUUCGACGUCCGUGUGCUCGAACCUGACCGUGACCAGCAUCCUCGUGUCCGUGCUCAGCGGCAGCGACCUGACCACGAUCGAGGAGGAGGUGCUGCUCCGCCUCAAGAGCGCGUCGCUGACGGCGCUGACGCUGGGUUGGGACUCGAUCACCAACAUCGACUUUGUGUUCCACCAGACGGGCUCUCGUUGUCUGUACAACGUCUUCAUCGAGGUGCUGGACAAGCUGCUGCUCUCGCUGCUCAACAACCUCAUCACCAACGACCUGGCGCCCCAGUUCGGCGCCACGUGCCCCGAGUCGUAG